AUGGCAACAUAUGAACAAUCCCCUCAAGACGAGGGCUACAGCGAGGAUCCAUUGACGCUGGGCACCGCAUCAACACCUGUUCCUCCAUGGCUGGCUUCGAUGAACAUAUCGGAGCGUACAGAAUACGUAAUGUCCAUCAUCGAUCAUCUCCCUACUUCCAAAGUCUGCGAGAUAGUCCAACGUCUUCGACCCCGGAUCUAUAUAGAUUUCUUUCAAUACCUACCUACCGAGGUAAAUCUGAAGAUACUUGGCUUUCUGGACCCGGUCUCCUUGAUACAUACAGCCCAAGCUUCUCGCGAAUGGAUGCUGCUGGCUGUGGACCGGAAAUUAUGGGAACAUCUUUAUAUACUAGAAGGCUUCCGAGUAAUUCGCCCAGAAGUGUUGCAUUUCGAAGCCGCCAUCAAUUCCGACAAAUCAAGAUCCAGCGGGUCGGGUGAGGAGGAACAUGCGAGCAAGAGGAGGGCUACACCUCAGCGAAUAUUACCCAACCUACAGGCAGACGAUGACUUUGAAAUGGUGGAUGCGGACAUGGUUGCGCCUACACAAUCCUCAAUAUUUGGGCCUUUAACAAGUGAACCAAAGGACUCAUCGGUGAAAGAAAGCAGUUUGGAUCCUGACGUACAAAUGGCAUCCCCCAGACCCAUGUCCUCACCGAAAGCAAGCAAAAUUUCCAUCCCCAACUAUCCUAGUAGACCUGCGAAUGCUUCACAUAGUCAUCGAAACCACCGAUUAUCCACUGCUUCGACUCUAAAUUAUCCUCACGUCCCGACCCCCGCGUCUCCGAUGUCGUCAUUAGUGGUGGUGGAUCGAAGUGAUGGCAGGAAGAAGCUCAACUGGCAGUAUCUCUAUUCGCAGAGGAGAAAGUUGGAGGCCAACUGGGAGAUGGAGAAAUACACGAAUUUUCAAUUACCACACCCAAAUCAUCCACAAGAAGCUCACGAAGAAUGCAUCUAUACCAUCCAACAUGCCGGCAAAUAUCUUGUCAGUGGCAGCAGGGAUAGAACACUGCGUAUUUGGAAUUUGAAUACCCAGCGCCUUGUCAAACCGCCAUUGCGUGCGCAUACUGGUUCUGUUUUAUGUCUUCAAUUCGAUGCUGAUCCGGAGGAGGACUUAAUAGUAUCAGGAAGUAGUGACGCUACCGUGGUAUUGUGGAGAUUCUCAACUGGUCAAAUCAUCCAGAGGCUGCGGAAAGCCCACCGAGAAUCAGUUUUGAAUGUCAGAUUUGACAAGCGUGUUUUGGUCACCUGUUCCAAGGACAAGACCAUCAAGAUCUUUAACAGACGACCAAUGGAACCUGGGGAAUCUGGGUAUCCAGAUCCAAAUCAAGGUGUCAAUCCAGUCCCUAUACACUUGAACAAUUACGGCUUGAACCCCACACCCCUUUCUCGCCUACCAACCCUACCCGCCUACAGUAUGCUUGGAUGUUUAUAUGGGCAUGGUGCAGCUGUCAAUGCUGUUCAGAUCUUUGGUGAUGAAGUAGUAUCGGCCUCUGGAGAUCGUACUGUGAAAGUUUGGAAUUGGCCAGAACGAACAUGUACACGAACCUUGAUUGGGCACUCAAAGGGCAUUGCUUGUGUUCAAUAUGAUGGUCGUCGCAUUGUUAGUGGCAGUAGCGAUAAUGAAGUCAAGGUCUUUGACAAAGAAUCUGGUCUCGAAGUGGCAAGCUUGAGAGCUCAUUCAAACCUUGUACGAACCGUACAAGCAGGCUUUGGCGAUUUGCCAUACAGCUCCGAAGAGGACCAGGUAGAAGCUAAGCAGAUCGACUAUGAAUAUUUCAAAGCUAUCGAUUCAGGGACUCUUUCGGCACAGCAAGGAUAUCAGCGGGGUCGCCCCAAGAAUGCGGGGUCAAAGAAGCCAGAGGAUAUCACUGCUUAUGGUGCUAAGCUACCACCCGGUGGUGGGGGUGGUAGAUUCGGUCGAAUUGUUUCUGGGUCAUACGACGAGACUAUCAUCAUCUGGCGCAGAGACAAAGAAGGAGUCUGGCGGGCACAACACACCUUGAGACAAGAAGAAGCUGCACACAUGGCAUCAAACGCCGUAGCAAGAGAAGCCGUGGAAAAAGAAGCCUUGGCAAGGUCGGCCGGGAAUCCACCCAGCGAGGAUGAACCAUACUUAUCCAUUCUCCCUAAGAUUCCCAAUACUCCAAAUAGCGAUGCAAUCUAUCGUCAAAUAAUCGAAAUGACAGUCUCUCAAGGCCCGACCGCACUGCGCACAGCCCUACGAGAUUAUCCCCCAACGAUGACGUUUAAACAUCUUGGGGACACAAUUUCGGCUUUGGAAGAAGGGACUACGAAACAUGUCAUGAAGUCGGUGGCGUUGACUGCCAUUCAUGAGUACCGGCAACAACAGGCACAACAAGCCACUGUUGCUGGCCCAAGUGAACAGACUUCGGGUUCGGAUGAUUCUAUUGAGAGUGCGGCAGUGCAAGGUUUGACUGAAAUGGCUCAAGAUACUAGUCCUCGGUCAGCUACUCAAGCUCAAGCCUCGUCUUCUCAGCAACCUGUAACGACGCCCAUGGAUACAACGACAAUUACAAGCACGGCCACUGCGACUACCACCACGCCUGCACCUCAAACUCAACCUCCAACCGCUGCUGCCAUUGUACCCCCAACUGCACACCACCAUCACCACCACCUCACCAACAACAUGGCACGCGUCUUCAAGCUGCAAUUUGAUGCCCGGCGCAUCAUAUGCUGUAGCCAAACGACUGUUAUCGUGGGAUGGGAUUUUGCAAAUGGUGACGAGUCAAUUAUAGAAGCUAGUCGAUUUUUUGCUCCUGUAGAGUAA